UGAAAGCCCCCUCCCUCGGUCCCUCCCUUUUCAAAGCCAGCCUCCAAAGUGGGUGAAUGUGCACAUCCUACGGCACCCACCUCACCUCUUCAUGGUUUGUAUUGAUAAUUAAUGAAGACUUAAACCAAAGAAAGAUGGAAACCUGCAGGUUUUAUAUGAGGGCCUCCCCCCAUUACUACUGUCCACAUGCAGCACACAGCUAGCAAUGUGGAGUGCUAAAGAAACCAUGUUUUCAAGAAUUGCACAGAAUGGAGGAAGCAGCGAUGAGGAGGCACUCAUCAAGGCUGCAUUGCAGAGGUCUCCCACUGUCUUCCGUUCCCGGAAUUCGGUCUUUAUAGGGCAGGAAGGAGGAGAGGUUACGGUGCUGGAUGUCCGGCGGCUCCAAGAGCCGCAGCGGGAGCAAGUGCUUGAGAAGUUGACGGCGGCCAUCGACGGGGACAUUCACUUGUUUUUCACAAGAGUGAGGCAGCGAUUGGAGGCAGUUGAUUUAGAAUUCCCAAAGGUCGAAGUUCGGUUUCAAGAUCUCAAGGUGGAUGCAUUUAUCCAUGAAGGGAGUAGAGCACUGCCAACUAUCCCCAAUUCCAUAUUGAACACGACCGAGGCUUUCUUGAGAAAGCUCAGGGUAUUUUCGGGCCAGAGACGAAAGAGACUGUCCAUCCUAAAUAACAUCAGCGGUGUUCUACGGCCUUCAAGGUUGACUCUUCUUCUCGGUCCUCCAAGCUCUGGGAAGACCACAUUGCUUUUGGCUCUGGCUGGACGCCUUGGUCCUGGUUUGAAGAUGUCAGGGAAGAUUACAUACAACGGGCAUUGUCUGAAGGAGUUUGUGCCUCAGAGAACGUCAGCUUACGUGAGCCAAAAGGAUUGCCACAUUGCAGAGAUGACAGUGAGGGAGACUGUCGAGUUCUCUGGGCAAUGUCAGGGCAAUGGCUUUAAGCAUGAUUUGCUUAUGGAACUCUUGAGAAGGGAGAAAGUUGCCAGAAUAACCCCUGAUCCUGAUAUUGAUAUGUUUAUUAAGGUUAAUGCAUGUCUCAUAUCUCAAAAUUAAAGGAAUUGUUUCUUCCUAGGCAGUAGCACUUGGAGAGCAGACAAGCACAGUUGUGGAUUGCAUUUUAAAGAUUUUAGGAUUGGAUACUUGCGCUAAUACAUUAGUGGGUGAUGAAAUGCUCAAAGGGAUCUCAGGGGGGCAAAAGAAGCGUCUCACAACAGGUGAAUUGCUAGUGGGAACUUCAAGGGUACUGUUAAUGGAUGAGAUUUCAACUGGCCUCGACAGUUCAACCACCUACAAAAUCAUCAGAUAUCUAAAGCAUUCAACUCAUGCUUUUAGUGGGACCACACUAGUUUCUCUCUUGCAACCGGAUCCUGAGACUUACAGCCUGUUUGAUGAUGUGAUUCUGCUGUGUGAAGGACAGAUUAUAUAUCAGGGCCCACAAGAAAGUGCUCUUGAUUUCUUCGCAUUUAUGGGGUUUAAAUGCCCUCCUAGAAAAAAUGUUGCUGACUUUCUGCAAGAGGUUACAUCUGAGAAGGAUCAAAGGAAGUAUUGGUUUCUUAAUAGCCAGUACCACUAUAUACCUGCAACGAAAUUUGUAGACAGCUUCCAGACCUUUCACAUUGGUAACUCUUUGAUGGAUGAGCUGAAAACUCCAAUUGCCAAGCAUUGCAGUAUCUCAGGAGCAUUGUCAACUAAAAUGUAUGGUGUAAGAAAAGCCAAGAUCCUAAAGAUUGGCUUCCAAUGGCAGAUGCUACUUCUAAAGCGGAAUGCAUUCGUUUUUGCUUUUAAAUUCAUCCAGCUCUUUAUGAUCAUUUCAAUCAUGAUGAGUGUAUUUUUCCGGUCAACAAUGCAUCAUGAUACACUUGAAGAUGGAGCUAUCUAUCUCGGUGCACUCUACUUUGCAAUCCUUAUGGUUCUUUUCAAUGGCUUUUUAGAGGUUCCCAUGAUCAUAGCCAAGCUCCCGGUCCUUUAUAAGCACAGAGAUCUUCGGCUAUACCCAUGUUGGGCAUUUACCUUUCCCUCUUGGAUUUUGAGUAUCCCUACUUCACUUGCUGAAUCAGUGAUAUGGGUUGCAGCCACAUAUUAUACAGUUGGCUUUGAUCCUCAAAUAAUAAGAUGCCUGAAGCAAUUUCUUGUGUAUUUCUCAUUGCACCAAAUGUCGAUAGGCCUUUUUCGUGUGAUGGCAUCAUUAGGCCGAAAUAUGGUAGUUGCGAACACAUUUGGAUCCUUUGCAAUGUUAAUAGUCAUGGCACUUGGUGGGUUUGUUCUGUCCAGAGAUAGCAUCCCCAGUUGGUGGAUAUGGGGUUACUGGGUUUCUCCUUUGAUGUAUGCUCAAAAUGCAGCUUCGGUGAAUGAGUUUCGCGGCCAUUCUUGGGAUAAGAAUGUUGGGGGCUCUGCUUUGCCAUUGGGAAAGAUGUUAAUGAAGGCCCGCAGCUUAUUUUCAGAAGAUUACUGGUAUUGGAUUGGAGUUGGUGCCUUGCUUGGAUAUACAGUCUUGUUCAACAUUCUCUUCACAAUAUUUCUGACUUACCUUAACCCGAUUGGGAGCCAACAAACAGUUGCUCCUAAGAGGAAGCUAAGAAUUUGCCAAGAAAAUGAAUCCAGUAGCGUCAUUGAGCUCUCAGAGUAUUUGCAGCACUCACACUCCUAUACAGGACAGGACGUGAAGAACGGCAUGGUUCUUCCAUUUCAGAGUCUUUCCAUGUCUUUCAGUAACAUCAACUAUUACGUGGAUAUCCCUCUGGAACUUAAGAGGGAUGGGGUAGUGGAUGAUCGACUGCAGUUAUUGGUGAAUGUCAGUGGGGCGUUCCGUCCUGGGGUGCUUACUGCUUUAGUUGGGGUUAGUGGUGCUGGAAAAACUACACUGAUGGAUGUUUUAGCGGGUAGGAAAACUGGUGGGCAUAUUGAAGGUAAUAUAUACAUUUCGGGUCAUCCCAAGAAGCAAGAAACUUUUGCAAGAGUCUCCGGUUACUGUGAGCAGAACGAUAUUCAUUCCCCAUGCUUAACUGUCAAUGAGUCCAUACUUUUUUCUGCGUGGCUCCGUCUAUCCUCUCAAAUUGAUUUGAAAACACAAAAGGCUUUUGUGGAAGAGGUUAUGGAGUUGGUUGAAUUGACUCCGUUAGGGGGGGCGUUGGUUGGCCUUCCCGGAGUUGAUGGGCUGUCAACUGAGCAAAGAAAACGCUUGACAAUUGCUAUCGAACUUGUUGCCAACCCUUCCAUAGUUUUCAUGGAUGAACCUACUUCAGGACUCGAUGCAAGAGCUGCUGCUAUUGUGAUGAGAACAGUUAGGAAUAUUGUUGACACUGGAAGGACCAUUGUUUGCACAAUUCAUCAACCCAGCAUAGAUAUCUUUGAAGCAUUUGAUGAGCUUUUGCUUAUGAAACGAGGUGGGGAGCUCAUCUAUGGUGGUCCAUUGGGAACCGAGUCACAGAAACUUAUUCAGUAUUUCGAGGCAAUUGAGGGGGUUCCUAAAAUUCGAGCUGGAUACAACCCUGCAGCUUGGGUUCUUGAGGUCACGUCUCCUGCAGAGGAAAGCCGUCUUCAUUUAGACUUUGCCCAAGUUUAUCGUGAAUCAUAUCUGUUUCAGGAAAAUAAGGAUAUGGUGGAGAGGUUGAGCAAACCAAAUGCAGAUUCAGUGGAAUUAAAUUUCCCAAGAAAGUAUUCCCAAACACUUUCUGGUCAGUUUUGGGCAUGUCUUUGGAAGCUGAACUUGUCCUACUGGCGAAACCCACAGUACACUGCUGUGCGCUUCUUCUACACAGUCAUCAUCUCGUUGAUGUUUGGAUCUAUAUGCUGGAAAUUUGGCUCCAAAAGGGAUACUCAACAAGAUAUACUGAAUGCCAUGGGAUCGAUGUAUGCAGCCGUUCUUUUCAUUGGAAUAACAAACGCAUCCUCGGUUCAACCUGUGGUUUACACUGAAAGAUUCGUUUCGUAUCGGGAAAGAGCAGCGGGGAUGUAUUCUGCUCUACCGUUUGCUUUUGCACAGGCACACCCUCCUAUCCAAUCUGCUUUAAGAUUUUUGAGGGAUGUGACUCGACUUGGCUAAAAGCUUAAGAAUAGUUUGAACGACACAUUCAUUAUUGGGUUAUUUACAUCUACAUCCCCUCAGGUUUGCUCAAAUGACCAAACGAGUCUCAAGGUUCAAAUGACCAAACGAGUCUCAAGGUUCCAGAAAGCUACCAAUAAGCUCUUUCCCUGGUUACAGUAGAGUUCCCUUAUGUGUUCAUACAAACACUCAUCUACAGCUCUAUAUUUUACUCCAUGGCAUCUUUCGAGUGGAGCUGUUGGAAGUUUUUUUGGUACAUAUGCUUCAUGGUCCUCACCUUACUAUACUUCACUUUGUUUGGGAUGAUGACUACUGCUGUCACUCCAAACCACAACAUAGCUGCGAUCGUUGCUGCACCGUUCUAUAUGAUGUGGAACCUUUUCAGCGGGUUCAUGAUUUCUCGCAUGAGAAUCCCCAUAUGGUGGAGAUGGUACUACUGGGCAAAUCCGGUUGCUUGGAGUCUGUAUGGACUUUUGACAUCUCAGUAUGGGGAUGUAAAUGACUAUGUGAAACUGCCUGAUGGUGUUACUUCUGUGCCAAUCAAAGACUUCCUCCUGCAGCAGUUUGGGUUCCGGCAUGAGUUCCUUGGUGUAGCUAUUUUUGUGGUGGCCGGUUUCUGCCUUAUAUUUGCAGUUACUUUCGGCUUCGCUAUCAAAUACUUCAACUUCCAAAGAAGAUGAAGGCCGCUGUGGUGGCUAACAUCUUUACACUAAAUCACAAAUGAGAUGAUUGAUUCUUUGGUUUCGCUCAUGAAAGAGAGAAAGAACGACCAACCCCAGUAGUUGGGGGGGGGGGGGGGGGGGGGGGUGGCAACCUAGGGCCUAGCCCACCCCAAAAUUUAAAGUUACUUGUUUGUAAUGUAGAAAAUUCCGAGUAAUAUUUUCUCAAAAAUAUUAUUUGUAUCGGUCCAGUCUGGCCACGUGCUCUGGCUCCGCCCCAGAGUCAAGUGUCAAUAAUUUAAAUGUUUUUGUUUGUACUACAUCCGAUCGGUCUUCAGAAUCACAAUUUAAAUAUUCUUCUUCUACAAACUUACUCGAUAAAACAUGAGAAUUAGGAUUGCUACUUAGUCUAUCACUUAACUUAUUAAAAUAAUACUUCCUCCGUCUCUUUUUAGUUGCAACAGUCAACAUUUCACGUUUGCCAACGCACAACUUUGACCGUCAUUAUAUUUAAUUUUGUAUUAGUAAAAAUAAAAUAAAAAUCAGAUUAUAAAACUUAGUAAUGAGACGAAUUUAACAACAUUUUUCAAAAAAAAUAAUUCACAUACAUUAAUAAAUAAAAUGUAGUCAAAGUAAAGUACAUGAAUAGCGUAUAUAUUCCAAUGUUGCAACUAAUGAGAUACGGAGGAUAGUAGUAAUUCUUGAGAAUAUUAUCAAGAAGUUGAUAUUAGGUGUUUUACCACUAGUGAAUUGGAGCUUGAAUGAAUGAUUGUAUGCAUUGCAAAAUAUAUUGAAGUUCUCUCAUAUUAAGAGUAGUAUGAUUGAGAAACAAUUCAUUUUUGUAAUAAACUCAUUUGUUUGUCUUAUUGAUUUUUAAAUAUUGAAAAAUAAAUAAAUUGUUUAGCCGAGUAAAAAAUGUAAUAAACAACAUAAGGAAAAUUUCAUAUGAUAAUCUCAACAAUUUGCGACAUUCAAUAUUAAUUCCAAAUAUAACUAAUUGUAAAGUAAUUCCUACAAUGAUCUGGAGUAAUUGGAGUUUGGAAACUUGCUCCACCUAGAGAUGGACUCGGGCCGGG